CUCACUACCAACCACCUCCACACCCUCCAGCAUCACUUGCCUUUCUUCUCCUUCUUAUAGUUUCCACUGUAAGUAUAUCCCACUCUCUCAUUUUACUCCUCUCCGAAACAAAAACGCCGUGAUGAAGAGAAACCUCUCGUUAACGCUGCUCUUUCUCUUCUUUCACUUCCUAUUCAGCACCAAACCCAGCCACUCCCUCACAGCUGAUGGCUUAUCCCUCCUGUCCUUAAAAUCAGCCGUUGAUCAAAGUUCUGCUGGCUCUGCUUUCUCUGACUGGAACGAAGAUGACCAAAAUCCAUGUCGCUGGACUGGCAUUUCCUGCAUGAACAUAACCGGGUUACCGGACCCUCGUGUUGUUGGCAUUGCAAUCUCCGGCAAGAAUCUCCGCGGCUACAUUCCAUCCGAGCUUGGCACCUUAAUUUAUCUUCGGAGACUUAAUCUCCACAACAACAACUUCUACGGUUCAAUACCUGACCAGCUGCUUAACGCUACUUCACUUCACAGUCUUUUUCUCUACGGUAACAAUCUUUCUGGUUCUCUCCCUCCUUUCAUCUGUAACCUCCCUCGUCUUCAAAACCUUGACCUUUCCAACAACUCGCUGUCGGGUUCUUUGCCUCAAAAUUUAAAUAGCUGCAAGCAGUUGCAGAGGUUGAUCCUAGCGAAAAAUAAAUUAUCCGGUCCAAUUCCAGCUGGGAUUUGGCCGGAAUUGGAUAAUUUAAUGCAGCUUGAUCUUUCUGCUAAUGAUUUCAAUGGAUCCAUUCCUAACGAUAUGGGAGAGCUUAAGUCUUUGUCCAAUACUUUAAAUCUUUCUUUCAACCAUUUAUCGGGUAGGAUUCCGAAAUCACUGGGAAAUUUGCCUGUUACUGUGAGUUUUGAUCUGCGAAACAACAAUUUCAGCGGCGAGAUACCUCAAACAGGGUCUUUUGCUAACCAAGGACCGACUGCUUUCCUCAGCAAUCCUUUGCUUUGCGGGUUUCCUCUUCAGAAAUCUUGCAAGGACUCAGCACAUAGCUCGUCUGAAACUCAGAAUUCAGCACCGGUUUCUGAUAACAGUCCUAGAAAAGGAUUAAGUCCCGGUUUGAUAAUAUUAAUCUCAGUAGCUGACGCAGCUGGUGUGGCGUUUCUUGGUCUAGUUAUAGUUUAUAUUUACUGGAAAAAGAAGGAUGAUUCUAAUGGUUGUAGCUGCGCUGGGAAAAGCAAAUUUGGUGGCAAUGAGAAAUCACACUCGUGUUCACUAUGUUAUUGUGGUAAUGGGCUUCGAAACGAUGACUCUGAAUUGGAAGAUCUGGAAAAAGUAGAAAGAGGGAAGCCGGAAGGAGAGCUGGUGGCGAUCGAUAAAGGUUUUACUUUUGAGCUUGAUGAAUUGCUAAGAGCAUCUGCUUAUGUGUUGGGGAAGAGUGGGUUGGGGAUAGUGUAUAAAGUGGUGCUCGGAAAUGGCAUUCCGGUAGCGGUGAGGAGGCUUGGCGAGGGAGGAGAGCAGAGGUACAAAGAGUUUGUAACGGAGGCGCAGGCUAUUGGGAAGGUUAAGCAUCCAAAUGUUGUCAAGUUGAGAGCUUAUUACUGGGCUCCAGAUGAAAAGCUUCUCAUCAGUGAUUUCAUCUCCAAUGGCAACUUGGCUAAUGCUCUUCGAGGGAAAAAUGGUCAGCCUUCAACAAGUCUGUCAUGGUCAACCAGGCUGAGAAUUGCCAAGGGGACAGCCAGGGGCUUAGCCUACCUUCACGAAUGCAGCCCGAGAAAAUUUGUCCACGGAGACAUCAAGCCAUCUAAUAUUCUCCUCGACAACGAAUUCCAACCUUACAUUUCUGAUUUUGGCCUCAACCGACUGAUCAGCAUCACUGGGAAUAAUCCCUCCUCUUCCGGCGGCUUUAUGGGCGGAGCACUCCCUUACUUAAAAUCAGCUCAAACAGAGCGAACAAACAACUACCGUGCUCCAGAGGCUCGUGUUUCGGGCAACAGACCUACCCAAAAAUGGGAUGUGUAUUCAUUUGGAAUUGUUUUGCUCGAGUUGCUUACUGGAAAAUCUCCUGAGCUUUCACCAACCACGUCCACUUCGAUAGAAAUUCCAGACCUGGUGAGAUGGGUGAGAAAGGGAUUUGCAGAUGAAAACCCUUUAUCAGACAUGGUUGAUCCAAUGUUGCUGCAAGAAGUACAUGCAAAAAAGGAGGUGCUAGCGGUUUUUCAUGUUGCUCUUGCUUGCACCGAAGCUGACUCUGAGGUUCGCCCUAGGAUGAAAAUUGUAUCUGAAAAUCUUGAAAGGAUCGGAACAUAGGAGGAGGAACGCUGCUUUUUCACUCACUAGGUGUCCUAUUCUUUGGAAAAAAAAGUUCUUGAUUUUGCAACGAGCACUUCAUUUUUUGCUAAGGUGAGAUUUUGAAAGGUCAGGUGGGUUAAAGAUUGCUUCGGAUUAGACUCCCAUUGACUCCAAAACCUGGCCUAAAAUUUUUGGGCAGGUCCAGCAAGAUUUCAUAGCACAGAUGGAAUGAGAAAUCCAAUUUCUUUUCUUUUCUUUUGAGGGAAGUAGCUUAAUUUGUAAUUUAAAAAUUUAUAUUUCCUGUUUCUACGGGAGAUGUUGUAAUAAAAAAUACCCUAGUCUCUCUCUGUGUUCUUCA